AUGUCGUAUUUGUUGCGAACAUUCUCAAAAAAACAGAAACGUAUUCUCGUAAGAUGUUAUAAUAAAAUAGUAAUUACUGAUGAUGGAUCUACUAUUGUUGCCCUACAUCAAGAACAAGAAUUUCCAUAUGAAUUCUCAAAACCGUUACCAGAAGCGACACAAAAAGAUGAAGGUAUACUCAGAAUGAGCGAUUAUAAUGAAGUAAAAAGAGUUUUUAAAGAUAUGAAACCUGAAAUGGCAAGGCAGCAGUUAGCAUCUAUAACUUUGACAACAACUCACCGCUGGUUCCCCAGAGCAAGAGAUAAGAAAGCUAAAGAAAAUCAGAUGAACCGACCUUUCCUA